UCCGCUCCCUCCAAAAGUGCGCGUACAUUGGCAACAUUGUUUUUUGGUAGUUUACAAAUAAAAUGGCCGAUAUGUGAGGCUAGUUUGUAUAGACAAUAAAAUAUGCAAUUAUGUAAAAUUAAUGACCGUUGGCUGUACGCGCGUCUAAACCAGAAUCAAGUCCCGAGAGCGCAAAACGCGGUAAAAGCAAGCGGAGUGUGAGUGAGCGUGUGGGAGUGUCAUCAGAGGAAGGUGGAGGUUGUCUUUGAAGUCCGUGGACGCCGCGGAGCCCUGAAGACCGAAACGAGGAGUCACUUAUGGUCUCCAACACAUAGAAAAACUGUCUAGCCAAACGGCGUGUUUUUUUUCUAUUGGUGCACAGUGGCGCGGCAACAAUACGAAAACGACUCUCAGAUUUACGAAAACAUUUUGUCGACAGAGAACGACAGAAAUCUCAUCGCUUGGUCCGAAUAUUUUCGACGCUCCGUUGGCCUCGUCUCACUUAGCCUCGUCUCAACUCAUCUCCCGGGGCUCGCAUCGCAAUCCCAAGAUCAGUGAAAGCGCCUCGGGAGCACGUUGCACGUUCUUAUCAUCAUUAACAAGAUAUAACCACUUUGCAGCACCGUUUUGUGUAGUUCAAAACUUGCAAAUAUCAAGUUUGCUCCAAGGACCGUUCCUGGUUUAGAUAUGACAACUGACUCUUACAUCCAAGGCCGAGAUACUGGAGCGUAACGGUGGAAAAGGUUGAUGUGGAAAAUGCGUUGACAGACACAGAGGAACCUGACAGUACCGCAUCCAGUCAGACCAACCCAUCCAUCGCAAAUCUCACAAAUAUGUGUACCACUCCUGGCAAUGCGGGCGCAGGAUUCGGGUAUGCUUGGUCCUUUGGAGGACCAGGGACAGAGACCCGAGAGAAUGCGCAGAAUGAACUUGCAACAAAUAUCAGUUAUGCCGUUAACAAUAAUCAAGAUCAAGGAUCCAGUCAAAAGAUACAAGUUGAUAUUAAGCCAACCAAGGUUGUCGCCACUACUCACCGUCGUCCAAUGUUUGCGAUGAAUGAAAGUUGUCAGCAAACACCCACUACACACCAUGGCCAUACUGGUGGAGCACAUAAUCAAACAACCCAUGGCACUCAUGUUCGUACUAAAAAGCAUCACGAUGUAUUUUCAUUAACUUGUGACAAAGGAGGGUGUAAUUGCGAUGCAGCACAUCCCACACCACCACCUUCCUUAUUCUCAAACACAUUAGUUUUUACAACAGCUGAUAAACAUGCCAUGAGUAAACACUUUAUGACACCACUUGGACCGUUGCAGCUUACAGCAGAAGAGUGCAAUGAAAUUUUAAUGAAGAGAGCAGCUGCAGCGUCCAAUCAAGCCAAUGCAGCGAAUAAUGUAGCGACGAGUCAGACGGACAGUACUGCUCACUUUGGACAUGUUUUGACCCAUGUGAAUACGACACAAAUCGAAACAAAAGUCAAGCAGCAACAGGAUAUGGGGAGCCAGGUCCGUGUGCCGAAAGAACGACCGUACUCUUGUGGGGAGUGUGGGAAAUCUUUUCUUCUGAAGCAUCACUUGACGACACACGCGAGAGUACAUACCGGAGAACGACCGCAUAUUUGCGUUCACUGUGGCAAAAGUUUUGCACACAAACAUUGUCUUCAUACACAUCUGCUGCUACAUAGCGCCGAGAGACCAUACCAAUGUCGCGAAUGUAAAAAGUCCUUCACACUGAAGCAUCAUCUUGUAACGCAUACUCGCGUGCAUACGCGAGAACGGCCGUUUGUCUGUCAAGAAUGCGGAAGAGCAUUCCCCCUGAAACGUCACUUGGUGACGCAUAGUAAGUUCCAUUCGGGAGAAAGACCUUACGUUUGCGAGGAGUGCGGGGAGUCUUUUUCACAAAAGGAUCAUCUUACGAUGCAUUCGCGCUUCCAUGGCAGUUUACAUCCAUUUGUUUGCCACGAUUGUGGCGCGACUUUCCAGAGAAAGUUUGAGCUAGUUAAUCACGGCCGGCUACAUGGCAGAGUUCCACAUUCGUGUACUGUCUGUGGAAAGGAAUUUCUGCAGAAGAGAACACUUUUAGCUCAUAUGCGAUUACAUACCGGCGAAACGCCCUUUGCUUGCACCGUCUGCGGAGAAGCGUUUCCACGGAAAGCAGAUCUGGUGGCUCAUUCGAAGAAUCACAAUAACAAUGCAAAUACCGAUGAGAAGUCUCUUACUUGCAGGGAAUGUGGAUUGGACUUUACAAAUAGAGAAGCUCUAAAUUUACAUCAGAGGUUACAUACCGGUGAUCGAACAUUAGUGACAGACCUUUGUGGACUAGCUGCUGCUUUCCAACAAACUCCAGCACAUUUUCUAACUCCGAAUACUCCAGGAACUCAUCAAAUGAACGGGCCAAUAGGAACGCCUGGUGUCAGUCAUAUGCACGGGGCGACGCAAACAUCGCCGCCUGUGGGCGCAGGACCAAAACCUAAGCCACAUAUUUGUCCGGACUGCGGUCGUGGCUUUGCACAAAAGCACGGCUUGUCGCAACAUCAACGACGCCACACCGACGGCAGUUGCCACAUAAGAUCCCACGUAUGUGAUAAAUGUGGCAAGGCUUUCUUCCAAAAAAAUCAUUUGUUAUUACAUCAGCGUCAGCAUAUGGAUCCGCCACCCAGUAUACUUAGACAACAGCAGAGACAAGCUGCUCAAGCUGCUGCUCAACAAGCACAACAGCAGCAAGCGCAGCAGCAACAGCAAGCGCAGCAGCAGCAGCAAGCACAGCAGCAGCAGCAGGUUCAACAACAGCAAGUGCAACAGCAACAAGUACAGCAACAGCAGCAGCAACCGCAACAACAGCAGCAAACAUGUACCGUCGAUACGAAAACAAUUCAGCUGCAGGCAAUACAACAGCAAGUACAACAACAGGUACAGCAGCAGCAACAGCAGCAGCAGCAGCAGCAAACGCAACAGCAGCAAGCAUGUUCUGUGGACUCUAAAGCAAUACAGUUAAAUGUCACCAUGUGAGACGGUAUAAAGAAGAGGGACUGGAGAUUCCUUGAAACAAUAGCACUCCCAAAUGCGCAUCCCGCUGCCACCCUCUACAUGCACUUCUCUUGUACUAACAAUAUACAUUAGACUUAUAUUUAUUAUAUCUAGAAUCAAGUACGGAAUAACCGAUUUUAUUACAAGAGUAUAUAAGAAUAUACAGAGUAUACAUAUUCUAAUUAAUAUAAGGCUUGUAACAAGAAAAUAAAAAUAACCAUAUAUUAAUGUUUUACAUAUACUUUAUAAAUAUACAAAUAUAAAAAUAUAAAUAUAAAUAUAAAUAUAUAUACUCUAGAUAUGUAAAACAAGAUAAACAAAUUAGUUGCCUUAAUAAGAAGAAGAAUUUUAAUGAACAUAUUAAUUAUUGUUUGGUGACUUUUUCAUUUACUUUUAUUUAGUAGGAUAUCACUUUAUAAGAAAAUACAUAUUGAAUAAAUCAUGAAAGAAAAAAAUAAGUUCGCCGUGUAUCGAUGUUUUGUUGUUAUCCUUUUCAAUAUAUUUGUGCGAUGGUAGUUGAGAAGAAAUUAUUGAUGUAUGAAGGGUAUUGAAGGGGAAAAUUCUGUAAACGAUUUUAUUUCUUCUUCGAAGAGAAAGAGGGUGGCAGAUAUUGCGCAUUUCUAAAGCAUUUUUAAAACUUAGAUCUAUACAAGAUAGCAUUUUAGCCCCGCGCGAUUUAUAUUUUUACGUUGAACAAUACGAGCAAAUCGCUUGUAAAAUUCUAGACAUACGUAAGAAUCCCGGUUUUAUAAGAUCCAAAUAUCAAUAAAUGGAUGUAAAUGUUUUUUUGUGACGAAUUAACACAAUUCGUAUCGGUAUAUUAUACACACACAUACAUAAAAAGCAAAACUAAUAUAUGUAUAUAUUGGUUUCUUUUGCGUGGGAGAUUAUUUUGGAAGCUAACUUGUAUAUACAUAUAUUAAUUUAAUAUCAAGAUAAAUAUUUCUGAGAAAACAUCGCAAAAGUUAUUGAAGUUACAAUCUUUUCGUAUGCGGAGUUUAGGAUCGCAGAAGCUUCCCCACACGCUUAUUUAUUUUCUUUGAGUGAAACAUUUUCUCCGUGAUGACAAAGUACACCUUGUGCUGAUGCAGAUACGUGAGAUUGCUUAGUGGGCUUUACUAGUAAAAUGCAAAUUUAAUUUUUGUCAAAUAAGAAUGUAUUAACUAAUAGAAUAGUUGAAAAAUCGGGAAAAAUACGAAUAAAAGUUUCCUACAUAGUUUUAAUACGUAUCUAUCCUUUUUUUUAAAACAACGUAGAACAUUGCUAAAGUAUUCAUAUAUGAAAAAAUUGCAAACUAACUUGUUGCGAGUUUUGUCCAUACCAGUUCUUUUUUUAUUUUUCUCUAUGACGUCUGUGGUGACAUUAGAACAAAAAAUACGGUAAAUUUUUAAGUUUUUUGACUUAAAAAUUUUCUUUUUAAAUUGUGGCAAUUUAUUAAA